ACAGUGUGCGGCCCUCGUCUGCGCAGCGCGCCUCGCCAGGACUCGGCAGCACCACCGAGGAGCACGCGGGACAGCACCGGGCAGGACAGGACAAGGUGGCGGCCCGGACACCUGCAGCCCACCAACUCUCCCCUGACUACGGACGGACGCGGUGAGAACAUCUGGACUUCGUUCGCAGCGAUGCCGCAGCUGGCGAGGUUCCGAGCGCGACCGCUGCUGCUGGCGCUGGCGCUGGUGGUGUGGAGUGGCGGUCGGUCGGCUGCCGCGGCGGACAGGCCGUCCAUCCUGGAGUCGGCGUUUCACAUCCUGGGGGACCUGGUGCAGCAGGCGCAGACCGAGCCGCGGGACAUGGCGGACGCGGGCAUGCUGGCCGAGUACGACUUCGUGGUGGUGGGGGCGGGCACCGGCGGCUGCACGCUGGCCAGCCGCCUCAGCGAGGUGCCCGACUGGAACGUGCUGCUGCUGGAGGCCGGCCGCGAGGAGAACUUCGUCAUGGACGUCCCCAUCCUGGCCAGCUUCCUGCAGUUCACGGAAGCGAACUGGAAGUACAAGACGGAGCCGUCGGACCAGGCGUGCCUGGGGCUGCGCAACCGCCAGUGCAACUUCCCGCGCGGCAAGGUGAUGGGCGGCUCCAGCGUGCUCAACUACAUGAUCUACACGAGGGGCAACCGGCGAGACUACGACAACUGGGAGCGGCUCGGCAACACCGGCUGGGGCUGGGACGACGUCUUCAGGUACUUCCUGAAGUCGGAGGACAUGUCGAUCCCGGAGCUGGCGCGCGACACCAAGCACCACCGCACGGGCGGCCCGCUCACCGUCAGCUACGCGCCCUACCGCUCCCCGCUGGCGCAGGCCUUCGUCGAGGCGGCCCACGACAUGGGCAUGCCCAUCGUCGACUACAACGGCGCUACGCAGACUGGCUUCUCCUACCUGCAGAACACGCUGCGCAACGGCACGCGGUGGUCGGCGUCGCGCGCCUUCCUGCACCCGGCGCGGCAGCGGCGCAACCUGCACGUGCGCAAGCGCUCGCUGGUCACCAGGGUGGACGUCGACCCGCAGACGCUGCGCGCGCGCGGCGUCGAGUACGUGCGCGACGGCCGGCGGCACUACGCGCGCGCCACGCGCGAGGUGGUGCUGUCCGCCGGCGCCAUCAACAGCCCGCAGCUGCUGAUGCUGUCCGGCGUGGGGCCGCGCGACCACCUCCAGGAGAUGGGCAUCCCCGUGCUGCAGGACCUCAAGGUGGGCUACAACCUGAUGGACCACAUAGCGCUGGGCGGGCUGACGUUCGUGGUGAACGAGAGCGUCUCGCUGCGCACGGACACGAUCCUGGAGAACCGCGACUUCUACGUCGACUACCUGGCCUACCACCGGGGGCCGAUGGCCGUGCCCGGCGGCUGCGAGGCGCUCGCCUUCUACGACCUCGCCAACGAGAAGGACCCUGACGGCUACGCCGACAUGGAGCUGCUCUUCCAGGGCGGCUCGAUCGUGUCGGAGCCGACGCUGCGGCGCGGCUUCGGCGUGCAGGACGAGCUGUACGAGGCGGUGUACGGGCCCAUCGACCAGGCGCACACGUGGAUGGUGCUGCCGAUGCUGAUGCGUCCGCUGAGCCGGGGGCGCGUCAUGCUGCGCAGCAGGGACCCGCAGGCCAAGCCGCGCAUCUUCCACAACUACUUCGCGCAUCGCCAGGACGUCGACACCAUGGUGGCCGGCAUCCGCAAGGCCAUCGAGAUCGCCCAGACGCGGCCCAUGCAGCGCUUCGCCUCCAAGCUGCACGACAUCCCCAUACCCGCCUGCGCCUCUCUGGGAUUCAACACCGACAAGUACUGGGAGUGCGCGGCGCGGCACCUCACCUUCACCAUCUACCACCAGUCGGGCACCUGCAAGAUGGGGCCCAGCUCGGACCAGGACGCCGUCGUGGACCCGCGGCUGCGCGUGCGCGGCGUCGCGGCGCUGCGCGUCGUCGACGCCUCCGUCAUGCCGGUGAUCCCCGCCGCGCACACCAACGCGCCCACCUACAUGAUCGCCGAGAAGGCGGCCGACAUGAUCAAGGAGGACUGGGGCCGCCUCGACGCCGGCGACGACUCCGCCAACCAGGUGCGCCGGCGCAUGGCGGGGCGCCGCGGCCGGUGACGUCACCGCCGGCGCUCUGCCGCUCGACCCCGACCCCGACCCCGACCCCUGUAGUGCGUGGGCGGCGCGCGGGCAGCCUCGUCGGGACCUCGCGUGAGCUCACGGACUGCGUUCCUACCUCACAGGCGCUCCACGGCGAACGUAGCCAACCCAGUCCGUCUGUCCUGCAAUUUCCUGCUCUAUACACUACCACACAGUGGGACUAGAAGCUGUAUCUCGUCCCAGUUCCAGAACGUAUGUAAGACAGUGUCAUUAGUAGAUAAUGCAUCAAAGUCACAUACGAAUAGAGCUUCCGAUUCCUAAA